AGAUCUUGUGGGAUUGCAGAAUCCUAUUUGAUGAGCACACAAACACAAACAACAGGAGAAACUCUGCCACUAGGAAGAGGAAAGAGGUUUUGAUAUCAGAUCUUUCGAGUGGAAUUUUGUUCAAACGCUCCUCUGUCAUUGACUAUACAUUGGCUUUACACCAAAAAAGAGCGGAUCAGCAACACCAACUUUGAUGUUUCCAUUGUGCGGUUCUUUCCUAGUCAACAAAGGAGAGCAUGAAACGACGGAAGGCCGACUCUUGCCUUAUGAUGUUGGCUGUUUGGACACUGGUCCGAUUGAGGAGGAAGAUUUGGAGCUGGAUGAAACUGGCCAUCCAAACAUGGAUAUUGUCGUUCUUCUUGAGAAAGUGCCACAGGUGAGGAAGCAUUUUUCAUUGUUGUUGCCCCUGGAGCGAGCGGAAGUUGGGAGGAUCCAGCGUCUCAUUCCAGGGAUGAGAUCACCAAGAGAAAUCUCGAUCUCAUACAGGAUCACCAGGUCCAGGCUCAUAUCCUCUCCUCGAGCCGGCAGAUCAGCGAUUUCAUCGCAAAAUCACGUUUUCCUCAUGUACGGGGCGCGAGCUUGGGCGAGUGUCUGAUGGAAUUGCGCAGCAUGUCAUACGCAAACGGGAGAAGUCCACGAGUCGCGCGACAGCAAUGACGUGGCGUCGUACGAAUUUGUGGAUCUUGUUCCACGCUCCGUUGGCCUGUUCGAUGCGGCUCCUCGGCGCAGCCAUGUUUCGUGGGACCUCGUGAUCAAGACGUACGCGCAAAAUGGGGGGGACACACUCGCGGCGUCGCGCCUGAUGGCGAAUCAUCAAUCCAAAGUAACGCAUAUUCACAGAGAGCAGCUGUACCA